AGCUUCCCCCACUAAAUAAGUAAAGUCUGUGGAAAUUGGUUCGCCUAUCCUAGGCCUAAGCCUCUUGAUCUAGAGUUAGGAAAUUGUAAUCGAUUAUCCAGGUCGGAAAAUAGAUCUAAGUGUUCAUCAAAUGCAGUCGUGCAUAAAUGACGUCACACUCCGGAAAGUCAGGAGGAGCGUUUCAGAAAGUUUGACGACACGCUCGUGCAAUAAUGUUUAAGAAUAGGAUGAUGCGUCGCCCACCAAGACCUCCAAUGGGUCCUCCAGGAAUGGGGCCACCUGGAAUGGGCCCAAUGCGUCCAAGAGGACCUCCACAUUUAGGACCAAGGGGUCCACCAAUUCCUGGCAUUGGAAUGCCACCAUUGCCUGGCAUGGGUCCACCUCCAGGUCCUGGUGUAAUGGUCAGUAGUUGCACUAACUCAAAUGAUCCAGCUUCCAUGGACUCUCGUUUGUUUGUUGGAAAUCUAAAUACAGUGGUAUUAAACAAAGAAGCUAUUGAAGGAAUAUUCAGUCGCUAUGGUAUGAUAAUGGGAAUAUCAAUGCACAAGGGCUAUGCAUUUGUUCAGUUUAGUCAUCCAGAUGAAGCUAGGCGAGCAGGAGCAAGUGAGGAUGGGAAACAUUAUGCUGGACAAGCAAUAGAUAUCAAUAUAGUGUCUCAGCCUAAAAACAGAAAUGCGCUCAAGCGCUCUGCUGGUGGAAGAACUGUUAAUGAUACCAGUCCAGCUAAAAAAUCGCGCACUGAUAAUCCAGGAACUAAUCAGUCCUUGCAGAGAACACUUGUCACGCUGAGUGGAGCUACUGAAUCAAAUAAAAGAAUGGCAGCCAAUAAUGCAGUUAAGCGUGCUUUGGCUACAGUAACUAAGAAGACAGUAACAAAAUCCCCUGCCAUUGUCAGACCUACAUCAUCAUCCAGCAAAACUAGUGCAGGAAAACCAUCAGACAUUGCUAACAAACCUGUUGCUGUUAAAACUACAUGGCCAGAUGUUCUUAUCUGUGGCAUUUGUAAACUUCAAUUCACAAGUCUCCACAAUCUUGCUCAGCACAAGAAAAUACCAUGCCAGUUACGUGUAAGCACACAAGUUAAAGAAGAGUCAUCCCAUAACUCAGCUACUGGAGAACCAGCCAUUCUUAUGUGUGCUACUUGUGACACCCAGUUCAAUACUGCUUGGGCCCUCUGUUUGCAUUGUACAGAAGAACACAAAAUUAGCAUAUACAAAAAAGAAGAAGAUACAAACCCUAAGCAAAAGGAUAUUGAAGAAGAAGUUCAAGUAGAUACAGAAGGCAGCAAGACUAAAGAAUCAGCAAAGUAAAGCUUAUUGUGGACUUGCACCAACUAAAUGACUAUCUUAUAUAUUAUAUACAUUUUAAAGGCUUAGACUGGUGGUUUGGGCAGGGGGGGGGGGGGGUUGAUAUA